AUGGUUUACAAUUUCAAAGUCUUCAAGAAGUGUGCCCCUAAUGGCAAAGUUACUCUGUACAUGGGCAAGCGUGACUUCGUAGACCAUGUUGCCGGCGUUGAACCGAUCGAUGGUAUCGUCGUUCUGGACGACGAAUACAUUCGCGACAACCGGAAGGUGUUCGGACAGGUGGUCUGCAGCUUUCGCUAUGGCCGCGAAGAGGACGAGGUGAUGGGACUGAACUUCCAGAAGGAGCUUUGUCUCGCCUCGGAACAGAUUUACCCCCGUCCGGAAAAGUCGGACAAGGAGCAAACGAAGCUGCAGGAACGUCUGCUGAAGAAGCUCGGCCCUAAUGCCAUCCCGUUCACGUUUAACGUGUCGCCGAAUGCACCAUCAUCGGUGACGCUGCAACAGGGCGAAGAUGAUAAUGGCGAUCCAUGCGGUGUGUCGUACUACGUGAAGAUCUUUGCCGGUGACUCGGAAACUGAUCGUACGCAUCGUCGCAGCACUGUCACGCUCGGCAUACGCAAGAUCCAGUUUGCACCGACCAAGCAGGGCCAGCAGCCGUGCACUGUGGUGCGCAAGGACUUUAUGCUGAGCCCGGGCGAGCUCGAGCUGGAGGUUACGCUGGACAAGCAGCUGUAUCUGCACGGUGAGCGAAUAGGCGUUAACAUCUGCAUACGCAACAACUCGAACAAAAUGGUCAAGAAGAUCAAGGCGAUGGUGCAGCAGGGUGUGGAUGUGGUGCUGUUCCAGAACGGUAGCUACCGCAACACGGUGGCUUCGCUGGAGACGAGCGAGGGCUGCCCUAUCCAGCCUGGUUCCAGUCUGCAGAAGGUAAUGUAUCUAACGCCACUGCUGUCUUCCAACAAGCAACGACGUGGUGUCGCGCUGGACGGCCAGAUUAAGCGUCAGGAACAGUGUCUAGCUUCGACUACGCUCCUGGCUCAACCGGACCAGCGUGAUGCGUUUGGCAUCAUCAUUUCUUACGCCGUGAAGGUGAAACUUUUCCUGGGUGCUCUCGGAGGAGAGCUAGCAGCCGAGCUUCCGUUUGUGCUGAUGAACCCGAAGCCCGGUACCAAGGCUAAGAUCAUUCAUGCCGACAGCCAGGCCGAUGUAGAAACCUUCCGACAGGAUACGGUCGAUCAGCAGGCUUCGGUGGACUUUGAUUAA